CUGAAAUCAGUUUGCUGCGAGCAACAAGACUUAACGGUUCCCGUUCAAGCUUUGACUCUUUGGGAUAUUGUAAAUUAUCCACAUCACUGGGCGCUCUGCUUGACUUUGCACUCAAAGGGCUAGUCAGGGCAAAGAGAUUAAAAGGAAAACGCAACCAAACAGCAAACUUAUCCAACUGUCGCCAUGAUUGAGCGUGAAAUUAUCCACACCACAACUGCAUCGAAGAGACUAUUUGAUGUUCUGCAGGAUGUUCUACAAUUUCUGUUGCUUUUCUUGCGCAUCUUUCUGGAAAUGUUUAUCAUGCUCAUACAGAAGGUGUUGCCCAAAAGGCUCAAGGAUAUCAGCGGUGAAGUUGUGCUGAUUACCGGCACUGGCCAUGGGAUUGGCCGGGAGCUGGCGCUGCACUACGCCUCCUUGGGCAGCACAGUGAUAUGUGUGGACAUUAAUGAGAAGAACAACCAGCAGACUGUACAAAAGGCCAAGCGACUUAAUCUGGGCAAUGUUCACAGUUUCAUUUGCGAUGUUUCCAAGCGUGCGGAGGUUAUGGCACUGGCGGAUCGCGUCAAGGCAGAAGUUGGACCCAUAUCGGUGCUGGUCAAUAAUGUGGGCAUCAUGCCCACGCAUCCCAUUUUACAGCAAUCCGCUGAGGAGAUCCAACGCGUCUUCGAUGUGAAUGUGUUCUCGCAGUUCUGGACAAUCCAGGCCUUCCUGUCCCACAUGGAGGAGAAGAAUCGCGGCCACAUUAUCGCUCUGUCCUCCAUUGCGGGUGUGGUGGGACUCUCGAAUCUGGUGCCGUAUUGUGCCACCAAGUUCGCUGUGCGCGGCCUCAUGGAGGCACUGCAUGAAGAACUACGCGAAGGACCCUACAGAAAUAUGAUAAAAACCACCACAAUCUUCCCGUACAUGACAAACACGGGCCUGUGCAAGCAUCCGAAGGUAAAGUUCCCAUCGAUCUUGGGCUUGCUGGAUCCUAAGGAAGUGGCAAUGCGUAUUGUCGAGGCUCAUCGCUCCGACGCUCUGGAAGCCACAAUUCCCAGCUGUCUGCUGCACAUCAACAACUGGACGAGACUACUGCCAGAUCAUUGUGGUCUGAUGCUGAAGGACUACAUUGACAGUGGCGUGGAGUCGGACUUAAUUUAGAUUUCCUUUGAUUAUGUUGCGAAUAACGAAAUAAAUAUUUUAAACAUUUCAA